AUCGGUAUAAAUAAAACAUUUUAGUUGAUUCAAAUUUAAUUUUAAUCAAAUUUUUUCUGUAGAAAUGUCACUUCUAAUCAAAAAUGGAACCAUUGUCAAUGAUGAUGCUAUCUUCAAAUCCGAUGUUCUGGUCCUUGAUGGAAGGAUUGUGGAAAUCGCUCCAUCCAUCCAACCAACUCCUGGUCUUGAAGUAGUUGAUGCAACGGAUCGUCUUGUUAUUCCAGGUGGCAUUGACCCACAUACACAUAUGCAGCUACCAUUCAUGGGAGAAAUUGCAAAGGAUGAUUUUCAUAGGGGAACGGAAGCUGCUGUUGCUGGUGGUACAACUAUGAUUAUUGACUUUGUAAUUCCAACAAAAGGCGAAUCCCUCCUUGUUGCUUACGAUCGUUGGAGAGGGUGGGCUGAUCCAAAAGUCGUUUGUGACUAUGGAUUGUCGAUGGCAAUUACCAGUUGGGGGCCUGAAAUUGCCAAAGAAAUGGAAAUUGUUACUGGAGCUGAAUAUGGAAUCAAUUCCUUCAAGUUUUUCCUCGCGUACGCAGGUGUCUUUAUGGUUCGUGACGAAGAAUUCUAUCAAGGAAUGAUUCAAUGCGCAAAGUUACGUGCAUUGGCUCGUGUUCAUGCUGAAAACGGAUCCGUCAUUGCGGAACGAUGUGAGCAUCUUCUUUCUUCUGGUAUUACUGGACCAGAAGGACACACUCAAUCUCGCCCAGAAGAAUUGGAAGCUGAAGCUACUUUCCGUGCCUGUACUAUGGCUUCUCAGGCAAACUGUCCAUUGUACGUAGUUCACGUAAUGUCAAAAGGAGCAGCUGCUGCAAUUGCUCAUCACAGAAAGAAGGGAGCUGUUGUGUUUGGAGAACCAAUUGCUGCAGGACUAGCCACUGAUGGAAGUCACUAUUAUAAUGAAGAUUGGCUUCAUGCUGCUCGUUAUGUCAUGUCUCCUCCACUUUCUCGUGAUCCAUCAACACCUAGUGCAUUGAUGAAAUUGUUGGCUGCUGGAGAAUUGCAUCUCACUGCCACCGAUAAUUGUACAUUUGAUUGUCAACAAAAGUCUCUUGGUAAAGAUGAUUUCACAAAAAUUCCGAAUGGAGUAAACGGAGUUGAAGACAGAAUGUCAGUUGUUUGGGAUAAAGGAGUUCAUGCUGGAAUCAUUGAUCCUAUGAGAUUUGUGGCAGUCACUUCUACAAUGGCUGCUAAGAUCUUCAAUUGUUACCCACAGAAGGGAAGAAUCGCAGUUGGCUCCGACGCGGAUAUUGUGAUUUGGAAUGCGAAUGCAACUAGAACUAUUUCAAAAGAUACACAUCAUCAUGCGAUUGACUUCAAUAUUUUCGAAGGAAUGCAAGUACACGGAGUUCCAGAAAUCACAAUUUCCCGAGGACGUACUGUUUGGGCAAAUGGUCAACUGAAAACUGUUCAAGGUUCAGGACAAUUCAUUCCUUUGGCUCCAGACUCUCAAAUCGUCUUCUCAGCUGUUGACAAUCGUAAGAAGGCUAUGGAACCUGUGAAAAUAGACCGAAUUCCAUAUGAGCCAUCGGCACUGCAGACACCUGAUGCCAAUGCGAACAUCGUUGUGAAAGCUCCAGUCAGGGCAGCAAUUCCUCCAGGAGGAGCUAGCAGCAUUCAGUUUUAAAUCUACUUGUAAAUAAUUGUUUUUUUUUUAUUUUUAAAAAUUCAAUAAAAAAAUCACUUCCAAAAA